AUGGGGUCAAAAUUUCAUGCUUUUCUUUUUCCUUUGUUCGGUUUUGGCCACUUUAUUCCAUUUCUCCAUCCGGCAAAAAAGCUAGCCAAGAAAGGUCACAAAAUUACUUACCUGCUUCCUAAGAAAGCUUUGGAGCAACUUGAACCUCUAAAUCUUUUCCCAGACAGAUUUUCCUUCCAUCCUCUUACCAUCCCUCAUGUGGACGGUCUCCCUGUUGGCACGGAGAUAGGUCCAGAUAUCCCAUUCCACUUGUUGAAGUUCCUGGCCAUAGCCAUGUAGCUGAUACAAGAUCUUCUAGACUGCCUUAACAAGCGCUUCUCUAUGAAAGAUCUUGGCAAGCCUCAGUACUUUCUUGGUGUGGAGAUAGAGUCAUACUCAGGUGGCAUGUUUUUGCAUCAGAAAGCUUAUGCAACUGAUAUCCUGCGUCAAGCGUCAAUGUCUGACUGUAAUCCGAUGCCAACACCACUUCCGCUUCCCAGUACCGUUCUCGGAACCAACAUUCUUCAGGAGCUUAGCGGGGAAGUUACAAUAUCUCACGAUUACAAGGCCUGA